GAGCAUCAACGUUCCUCCGACGACGACAAUAACGAAAGUCCUGUGAAAAAGAGUAAAAAAGCAGCAGGCCAACCACACUUAGUUGCUAUUAAUUAUCCCAGUCUAUUGUCACAACAAGAUGAACGGACAGAAUCUCGAUCUAAUCUGGAUGACUCUUCAACUUCUAUUGAGCAUGAUAAAGAUUCUAAUAUUGCUUUGGAAGUUGUACUGCCAGUGGGACGUGAUUUCACCGAGAAUGCAUUUGCCAGCACGAAUUCUACGCCAACAUCUUCACGAACUCUCGUCAGCCGUGACUCUCCAGCUCAACAUUAUAAGAUGGCUUCAUAUGAAAAUACAAACAGAGGAAAUUCGUCCAAUCUUGCUGCUGAGACAAAUAUGAAUUCCGGUUUUGAGGGCCAAGUCAUUCGGAAAUUGGAUUUUCUAAGUGCAACCGUUAAUCAUCUCUGUGACGCAGUCAACUUGCUUGUGAAUCGCCAUCAAAUUGAACAAAUUGAGUACAAGGAAAAUGCGUUUGAUCUACCCAUUUCAACCACAGGGGCAAUGAAAGUCGUUGAGGAUGAGUUAAAAGCAUCGGAAAGAAGAGGCGACAAGAAGCAAUCACUCGUUUUUCAUCUCGCACUUGGUGGAGGGCGCAAAACCCCUGAUUCGACAUACCGAGUGAUGGCAGAAUUAAUGACGAAUGAAAUCGCGGCACAAUUUAGCUACGAAGGAAAGAAAGGCAAACUCUCCUUCUGUGAUUUUCCCCUCAUAAAGGCGUCGGUUUUGGCCGCAGUAAGACGGAAUGUUGGAGAUGCGAAAGGAAACGAUAUUGAAGACGGGAUAAAAUACUGGUUGAAAAAGGGACCGGAACGACUUAAAAGAGAGAAGAAAAGUAAUGCAGUUCCCGGCGAUGCUACUGCAGAAGUUAAUAUUAUAUAAUAAUCACUAGUAUACGAUACAAUAAUACACAAGGUAUAUGUUGUUUUAUAAUCAUAAAAC